AUGAGGAGGCUUAUCCUCCUCCUGAUCCUGGUCUUCGGACCUGGGACAUCGCAAGAAUACCCAAACUAUCAAGAAUUCUCGUCUGGAUCAGGAGGUAUGCCACAAAUUUACAAAAUCGUUAAAUUUAAUUUUUAAAUUUGAAUUUAAUUUUUUUUUAAAUUUUUUAAAAGAUCACUAAAAACUAAAAACCUUUUAUAAAUUAGCAUAUUUUAGAGAAAGGCCUGUUCCCUGAUGUGUUUAACUUGGCCAAACAUUCAGUCAUCAAAGCCACUUCAACUUGUGGCCAUCACGGUCCGGAAGAGUACUGUAAGCUGACAGAGCACGUCUAUCUUCUCAGUCCUCAAUGUGAAACCUGUGAUGCCAAUGUGGCCAAGAAGAACCAUCCUAUUGACAAUGCCAUUGAUGGUACCUGGCUGUGGUGGCAGAGUCCCAGUCUGGCUAAUGGCCUUGCUUACGAGAAGGUGAACAUCACACUGGACAUGCGACAGGAGUACCAAGUAGCCUAUGUUGUGGUGAAGUCUGGUAUCUCUCCUCGACCUGGCACUUGGGUAUUGGAGCGAUCUUUGGAUGGCGUCAACUACACGCCCUGGCAGUACUACGCCCGGCACGAUGCUGAAUGUAUGCGUGAGUUUGGAGUACCAGCCAGUGUUGGGGUGCCACGGUACGCUACAGACACUGAAGUCAUCUGUACUUCUCAGUUCUCGAGACUUGACCCCAUGGAGAGGGGAGAGAUCUACACAUCGCUGGUUACUGGUCGUCCAAGUGCUGAUCAUCCUUCUGAUGAGCUACAACAGUUCACAAGAGCACGUUACGUCAGACUGCGGCUACUGAGUUUGAGGACGAUGAACGCUGACAUCAUGAUCAUCAACAAGAAGAACGAGAAGUUGGACCAGUCUGUCACGAGACGGUACUUCUACAGUAUCUCUGACAUCAGUAUCGGAGGGCAAUGUAUUUGUUCUGGUCACGCUAAAAGUUGCGCUCCUGGAGCUCAAGGGGUGGGUUUGAUAUUACACUACUUAUACUGUAUGGACAGUAUGAGUAUCUUAUGUUACUUUUUUUACUAUGUAAACCAUCAAUUAUCUAACAAAUUUCAGCAAUUCCGAUGUGAAUGUGUGCACAAUACUUGCGGCGACAACUGCGACAGAUGUUGUCCACUGUUCAAUCAGUUACCCUUCAAAAAGGGAACUCACAAUGAGCCUCACGUCUGUGAAAGUAAGUGCUGUUACACCAAGAAUACCUGACAAACUGUAAAAAUGUUUUAAAAUAUUGUUUUAGAGUGUCAGUGCUUCGACCACGCCAAAGAUUGUGUUUACGACCCAGAAGUUGAGGAGAAGAAGCUCAGUGUAACACCUGAGGGUCGAUAUGAAGGUGGUGGAACUUGUGUGGAUUGUCAGGUAAACAUCGUACUAGUAUUGAGAAAGAUAUCAUGAAGUUCAUACUUAUUACUGGCUUACUGUAACCUAACAACCUUUAAAUGUCAUUUAGAGCUAAAAACAUGUUGUUUUUAUAAUAUUAUACCUUUGUUUCUCAAUAGUAAUGUAAUAUUUUUUCCAGCACAACACAGAAGGAAUCAACUGCGAGCGUUGUAAGAAGGAGUACUACCGACCAGCAAACGUAUCUCACUAUCGUCCAGAUGCUUGUCGACCUUGUGACUGCGACCCAGUUGGUUCCGAACACAAUGAAUGUGCCCCAGACCAAACUUCGGCUACUGAAGAUCUUGUAAGUGGUUGAAUACUUACUUUUAAGUACUUCAACAACUUAUCUUGUUGUUAUCGCUUUAUUAAUUUUAUAGGUAUUGAUUUUUUUAGUUUAAAGCUCUUAAUAUUAUUAUAUUUGUCUUAAAUUACCAUUUUUAGAAGCCUGGAAGCUGUAUCUGUAAGCCUGGCUUCGGAGGGCGUCGUUGUGAUCGUUGUGCUCCUGGCUUCAGAAACUACCCCGUCUGUGACCGUUGUCCCUGUAACCAAGCUGGUUCUCUGAACUUUGAGACCUGUGAAGAGACCAACUGUUUGUGUAAGAAGAACGUUGAAGGCGAGUUCUGCGACCGUUGUAAGGCUGGUACCAUCUAUUUGUCCAAGGACAACCCACACGGCUGUCAAGAAUGUUUCUGCUUCGGAAAAAGCUCGGAAUGUCGCGAACAGAAGUGGCGAACAAGUCAGGUAAGUAAAUACAGUUACGUCACAGUAUGUUUGAGAGAUUAUGUAAUUAGUCUCUACAAACACAACAUGUAUGACAUUGUUCCAUUUACAACAUGAUUAAUAUGUUUUCAACAACAUAACUAAUAUCUUGAAGUUGUUCAUGUUAAUAUAGAUAUACUAUAGACAAACAACUUCGUUUUCAGAUCAGCGAGUUGAGUAACUGGACCUUGACCGAUGCCAGAAGCACCGUCGGUGAACCUCUGACUUCAAAGUCAUCAGAACUCCUCAUCUUCAACUCAGAUCAUCAUCCUCAAACACAACAUCACUUGGCCUAUUUCAAUGCCCCUAAGGCGUACACUGGCAGUUUGUUACCUAGCUAUGGCUCCAACCUGCACUACUUUGUGUACUACGUGCCCAGCAACCGAGGAGGACACCCGUACUCAUUGUCUGAUGUUACCCUUGAGGUAAGCAAACUUAUUAUAUUAUUACCGACUGUUACGAUGAUAACAACACUAUCACCAUAACAGUUUGAAAACAAAGUACUGUAUGUUAUAGUACUGUAUACUUGAAUACAAAGCGUACAAACAUAGUUCAGGGAAAUGGCAGAAAGAUCGAGUAUCAUACUCGGCUCAACUUCUUCCCAAGAGAAAACAUCAGUGUUACAGUACCCUUCAAAGAAGUAGGAUGGUACGAUUCCCAAACCCUACAGCCUAUUCGCAAAUCAGAAUUCAUGGAAGUCUUGGCCAACGUUAAUGUCUUCAAAGUGCGAGCGAGAUACCACCAAGACCAGGUUGAGAGCAGGUAAUUUAAUCUUAACCUUAAACUGUAUCAUGAUCUUGGUACUAAACUCUUAGUACCAAGAUCAUAAAAUAUUGGAAGAAAUAGGUUCCUUUUGUUCAUAACAAUAUAGGGUUAUCUAAAACUUUUAACGAUGUCUAUGUCAACAUAGAACUAUUAAUUUAAUACCAUGAGUUGAAUAGUAAAUAUUUACUGUAAUUCUGUGAUACUAACAGUCCGACCCUUAUUUAUUCAAAUUCUGCGUUCGAGAUUCUUUCGCCGCUUCGUCGUGAGGUGAUUCAGAAGGCGGAGAUGCCGGACGAAAUUGUUCCCCAAUAUGUCAUCUUGGCGUGAGUCAAAUAACUAAAAGAAAAUUUUACAGUAAUCAAGCGUGGAUUACCGUAUUCACAAUAAGCAUCUUAUUUUAAUCCGGAUUAACGUAUGUUACAGUACCCAUAGACUAAAACUGUGGAAAUAUGCUGCUUAAAGGACCAGUUCGCCCAUUCAAAUAUCAUUGGCAUUCUGUCGCAAAAAUUUGACGUUUAUUUUUUUCGCAAAAAACCUGAGCAGGCCGGUCCCAAAUUGGAGAAUUCAUACCCACUCACGUUUUUUGAGAAAAAUGAUUUUGAUUGAAAUUGUUUGAUUUUCAACGCUUUUUGCGACAGAAUGCCAAUGAUAUUUGAAUGGGCGAACUGGUCCUUUAAUAUUGGAAAAACCCACCCUUCUUCCGAAUUCUUGAUUUAGAAUCCUCUUAAGUGGCACGGCCCGUGCCUCGUCAUCUGUAGCCAUCUGAGCUUGAGAACAUACGAAAAGAUACAGUACUAAAUAGCACCACCACAUAGCUAAUUUCAUUCCAAUACUGACUCUUUUCGACCCGAUAAACCGACCAAACGCCCUGAGGGCGGAUCGAAUUUAACUCCAUUAGGUUAUUAGAGUGAGUUAUAACUCGUAUGUGUAGAGUUACGAGUCGCUGUGUAGAGUUACAUUCUGUUAUGUAAUGUCUGAACAUUGUCGUGUUCGGUUACCACGACGUCAUAUCGUAUGUCGGGUCGAUCGUAUCUCUACAAGAUGACCUAUGUCGCAGGUCGGGUUACUGUCGAUGACUUAUUCUGGCUUACGUGAUGAUGAAUUGUCGUCAUACAAACAUAUAAUAAGUUAGCUCAUCAUCGCAUAUGUAUCGCCAUAUGAUAGCAGACUAUGUAGGAAUAGGUAUACAAUUAACAUUAAAAACGUUGUUUUUAAGAUAAAUAAAGCUUAAAAUUGAAUAUAUUUUGGCAGUUUUCAUAAAAACAAACAAUUACAGUAUCUCCGGCUUCAAACUCGAGACGGCCGAGGCAGCUGGAAGCCGAAGUCAAGAAGAUGGCUACACUUCCCAACUGGUACAACGUCAUCCAGUAGAAGUUUGUGAAUGCCCACCAAACUUCCAUGGCUCCAGCUGUGAGGUAAGUGUGGUACUAUAACUUAUGUAUUAUUAUAGUAUACUUUAACAUUUAACUCUCAACGUAUACCUUAAGUGUGGUACUAUACCUUAUGUAUUAUUAUAGUAUACUUUAACAUUUAACUCUCAACGUAUACCUUAAUGUAUUUUUUGUCCACCUUAUAAUAUAUUACCCUUUCAGGCCUGUGAUGUUGGCUUCCGCCGUGUAAACAACCGUAUCCAAGAUGGAGUAUGUGAGAAGUGUAACUGUCAAGACCACACCGACCAAUGUGAUCCCUACACCGGUCACUGUAUCAACUGUCUUCACAACACCACUGGUACUCAGUGUGAGCACUGUCUUCCAGGAUAUUACGGUAACCCAGCACUGGGAGGCCUCGAAGGAGCUUGUCAGCCUUGUGCGUGUCCUACUGUAGAAAACUCCCACUCCCCUUCUUGUGUGUUGGCUGAACUACUACAAGAUGGUGCAGUUGCAGAAGGCGACAAGCUUGUUUGUACUACCUGUGCUACUGGAUACGAUGGAAAUCAGUGUCAACAGUAAGUCUUUUCUACAAUUGCAAAGUUUUCCAUUAGUGUAAGGAUAUUUACAAAAAGUUGCGUAAGGCAGGGUGACUUACCACCAUUAAAUUUCAGAUGUGCUGAAGGCUACUUUGGCGAGCCGGCUGCUCCUAACGGGACCUGUAAGCCUUGCGAAUGUCACGGAAACGUAGAUCCUAUGGAGAUCGGCAACUGUGAUCGUACCACCGGCGUCUGCCUUCGCUGUACCCACAACACAGCUGGGGAACACUGUGAAGUCUGUGAAGAGAACCACUGGGGAUCAGCCCUUCGUCAUGCCUGUUACCCAUGUGAAUGUCACUCCUUGGGCUCGGUAUCUUCCCAAUGUAACGUCGAGACGGGCGUCUGCGAAUGUGUAGAAGGCUAUACAGGUCAGAAGUGUGAUAGAUGCCUGCCUGGUCACGGUGACGUCGAGAACUACUGCCCACCUUGUAAUUGUAGUCCCAUUGGUGCCAACGGCGAGAACUGCGACGAGAGUUCAGGACAAUGUCUCUGUAAGCACGGUGUAUAUGGGAAACAGUGUGAUCGCUGUUCUUCUGGCUACUACGACUUCGGUGAGAAUGGCUGCAGAUUCUGUGAGUGUAACGCUUUCGGCUCCAUCGAACAGAAUGUCUGUCACAAUGUCACCGGAGAAUGCCAAUGCCAAGCGUAUGUGCAAGGCAGUAAGUGUGAAGAGUGUGUUCCCGGCUACUUCAAUAUCACCUCGGGAACUGGCUGUCAGGAUUGUGAAUGUAAUGGCAUUGGGUCAGAAGACAACACUUGUGACCUGGUCAGUGGACAAUGUAGAUGUAAGCCUGGAGUAACUGGUCUCAAGUGCGACAAAUGUGCUCCAAAUCACUUCGGAUUGGACAACGACGGAUGUAAACGUAGGUUCUCAACUUACUUUAGCUUAUGUCGUCUACAUCUCAUUAAGAUACCAGUACCUUUGUCACUGCGUUAACCUUACAAUCAUUGACUUCAGAAUGCCAAGUGUGCCCAGCCCCAGGGCAAGUGUGUGACUCAGUAACUGGAGAAUGUGUAUGUCCUCCAAACACCGUGGGCGAAGUCUGUGAAUCUUGUACCAACAACGCAUGGAACUACGAUCCCCUGAAGGGCUGUGAACUGUGUAGCUGUAAUGGAAUUGGAGCUGAUGGAUUUGAAUGUGACGCUCGUAAUGGACAAUGUAAAUGUAAGCCUGGCUACGUUGGUCAUCAGUGUGAUCGCUGUGAACCUGGCUACUUCAAUUUCCCGAACUGCGAGAAGUGUAGCUGUAAUGUAGCUGGUACCGAGCCUACCGAAUGUCAAGGUGAUGACUGUUUGUGCAGUAACGAUGGACAAUGCCAAUGCAAGGUAAGUGGUUUAAUUUUUUAGCGUAUUUCAUUUCGGCAUACAAAAAAUAAUGUCAAGUAAAGCGAUCAUUGACUGCUGUUUACCAUCGCUAUGUCAAUAACCAUAAUUCAUAAUACCUCGACUUCAGAAGCACGUAACCGGCCUCAAGUGUGACCAAUGCGAAGCCAACUCGUUCAGUCUCGACAAGAGUAACCCUCUCGGCUGCACGAAGUGCUUCUGCUUCAACCGUACCAACUUCUGUGUCCAAUCCAACCGAGUUUGGUCCCAAGUGUAUGCCCCGGAAAGGAAAGUCACUUUCAACCAUCCCUUCGACUACUACAAUCGCAAAUACAACAUCUUUGUCCUCAAGUCCCAACCUCUCAAUUACAACUCCUAUCCCACCAACCAUACUCCACUGUACUGGCCUUUGAACGAACAAUUCCUCGGUGAUCGUACGGCUUCAUACAAUGGCUUCUUGCGAUUCAGACUUCAAACCGACGACAACAACCGCGGCUUCGUCAACGUUCCCCCAGAGCCGAGGUAUUUCUACACAUAUCCUCAAGUUCUACUCGUUGGUAACACCCGCCUCGAACUUGAACACGUCCCAGUAGAGAUCUCUUUGGAUGGCAAGUACAAGGUGAAGCUCCACGAAUCAGAUUGGCGUAACAGAAUCACUCCUCAGAUCCCAGUAACUCGAAAACAGUUGAUGAUCGCCCUCCAGAACGUGCAAGGAGUAUAUGUUAGAGGUACCUACACAGCUGUAACCACACUCGACACAAUCUCGUUGAGUGAAGUCUCUCUCGACAUCGCCGUGGAAGCCUCAGAAACCGAUUCCGAAGCCGUCGCAAUUGGAGUAGAACAGUGUGGAGACUGUCCGGAACAGUACGUUGGUUUGUCGUGCCAGAAUCCAGCCCCUGGAUACUACACAACAGGACCUGACUUGAACACACCCGAUGACAUAGAGCUUUUGGGUAAAGUUACAAAAUGUGCUUGCCACGGCCAUUCUCACCGGUGCGACCCCAACACCGGUCGAUGUGAAGGUUGUGAGCAUAACACCUUCGGCGAACACUGCGAACUCUGUAAAGCUGGCUACUACGGCAAUGCCAAACGUGGAGAUUCAGAAUCCUGCAAGAAGUGUGCUUGUCCAUCUCUGGAAAACUCCUUCUCAAAAAGUUGUAGACUAACUCCAGAUGGCAACGACUACAUUUGUGAAUCUUGUAAGCCCGGCUACACCGGACAGUAUUGUGAACAAUGUCUGCCUGGCUUCUACGGUCAGCCCAGUCUGCCUGGAGGCUCAUGUAAAGAAUGUUCUUGCCACCCACACGGCAGUGUUCACCAUGUAUGUCAUAACACCACUGGGCAAUGCCAAUGUCAAAACGGAGUGGAAGGAAGAGAUUGCUCAGUUUGUAGUCCAAGAAACGCCUUCAUGAACGGAGUUUGUAGCUGUAAGUUAUACCUGCAAUUAAAAAACAAACUUACCUGAAAAGAGCCACAUUUGCCUUGAUAAACAAUAUCGUACCUAAAAAAUAAUUUCUAAAACAAAAUGAUCAGGUAGCCAAAUUACGUUAACAUUAUCAAUUGUAAAAAAACAAUAAAUAAAACAUUUCAGCGUGUGAUCAAGGAUGCUACAAAGACCUGAUGAAGCUGGAGGACUACAUGGAAGACCAGCUAGCUUCAGUUGGAGACAUAGCCGAUGUGAAGCCGCUUCCGCGCAAAAGGUUAACUCGGAUUCAAAACACAGCAAAGAGUAAGAUAAAUCACAAAGUUGACAACUUUUAUUUACACUUGUAAAAAUAUUAGAGUACAGAAAAACAAGAACCUAUUUUAUCACAAUAUAGUGCAAUAUUGUUGUGAAAUUAAUUGAAAUUUCAUGAAACAUCUCUUUAUUUGUUGCAUUCCGAUCAAAAAAUAACGAAAUGUCACAAAAAAAAGUUGUUCCGAACAUAAUUAAUACAAAAACAAGUUCUUCAAAGAAUUUUAUUUUAGCUUUGAACGAGCUUCUGGACACCAUAAAAACAUCCGAAUCUGAAGCCCAAAACCUUCUGACCGGAUUCAACGAAGAGAAUCGCCAUCUAAAGCAAGCUGGACUUGUCGAUCAGGAAUUCAAGCUCCUGAACGAAAAGAACGCGGAUUCUUCAGAGAAAUUGGAAAAGAUCAAACAAGAUUUGGCCGACAUUAGGAAGACCAUCUAUAACACCAACCAAGAAGUGAACCAAGUACACCAACAGCUGUCCCAGUUUACAAAAUCUUUCGAUCAGGCAAAGAAUCUGCCAGCUACACAUUACCUGAAGACAGAAGCCGAGAAGUAUCUUGGUGUUGUCAAAGAUCGUGCUCAAGAGAUAGACAAGAAGUACAACUAUGCGAAACAAAACGCUGAGGAUGCAGACGCCUUACUCAAGGAGAUUCUGUCCAAGAAGUUGGAUGAGAACAUCUAUGAGGCCGCCAAGACCUCGUCAGACAGAUUCCAAAAGCUAGUCAAGGAAUACCGCAACACCAUCUGGGAACAGGGAAGAGCCAAGGCUUUUGAUGCUAGAAGUUUGACUACAUAUGUGCAAAGCAGGCUGGACGAUUUGAACAACAUUGUAAACAACAUCAACGUGUACAAGAAGGAAUCAGAAGAGAAGUUGGAGCAAGCCCGCCUGAAUGUGGAGACUUUGAAGAGAUUGAGUAAGCAAAUGUACGAUGAUCAUCAAGAGAUCGAGUCGAAGCAGUUGCCUGAACUGAAGGAGGUAAAAGAACAGUUGAACGACAUUCUAGACGACACUUCUCAAGCUCUUAAGGAUUACAAUGACAAGCUCUACGAAGCUCAGAAGCGUGCCAGUGAUUUGGAUCUGGAAGCCAUGAAGUUGAAGCAACAAUUCUCAGAUACCAAGACCUUCUCCACCCCGGCUUUGGCUGCUUCUACUGCCUACAAAGAGAUUGCUGAAGCCAUGAAGAACGCUAGCCGAGCAGCUGCAAAGGCCAUUGAAGACGCUGAAGCUGCCAGACAAUUAGUUGAUCCUUCUAACGCUGAAUCCAUUGUCACGGAAGCUCAGAAGACGCUGAAGCAGAACGAUGAACUCCAACGAUCAGUUUUCGACAAUCAGAUCAAGGACGACUAUGUAGUGGAGAACAAUCAGAAGCUGAACGAGAUGCUAAACAAACUAGAUUCGUUCGGAAUUGACGUUGAUAGUAACAUCACCAAGAUCAGGAGAGAUCAAGAGUUGUUCGACGACCAUCACGAGAGAGUCGACACUGUCAACAAGAACAUCGAGAGAGCUCAGAAGACCGUGCAGGAUACUGAAGCUAGAUUGGGAAGCUUGUUUGACGAUGUAGAUUCUUUGAAUGAUCGAGUUCAAUCUGUCGGUAACAUUGACGUGGCCAAGAUCAGAGAGAGUAUUGCCAAUGGUAAGUGUCCUCUUGUGUGUAGUAUUUAACAACUAUUUAUAGUAUAUGGGUACAAUAAUAUUGCAUGUAACAUUUAGCUGUGUCGUAAUUUUUGUUAUAUUUUUUUGUUGUAUGAAUGCUUAUGAUGAUAUGGUGCGUUCAAAAUUUAAUUUUAGUGUCAAGUGUUGCCGGAACAAUCUCGUCGAUGGCUGAGAAGUUGGCCGAGGUCAGAGAACGAUCCGCUGCUCACGAAGGUCAGAUCACGGAUAUUAAACGCAACCUGAAUGUUUUAAAGGAGAAGAUUAACGAGGCCAGAGAGAAGGCAUCGAAGGUUCGUCACUUUAGAAUAUAUCUUACUAAUUAAUUGACGUAAACAUAAAUUUCAAAAAAUAUUACGUAAACGUCUUUUCAGAUCAAAAUCGCUGUGAAGUCAGACGAAGAGAGAGACUGUAGCCGAGAAUACAUUUCUCCAAUGAGUCCGUCGCCUACAAACACCAUCAGUCUGAAAUAUCGUCCAGCGUUGGAAUCUCCAGAUUCUUUGAUCUUCUUCACUGCAACCAAAGGAACCAGAACUGUAAGUUUGUCAUCGGAAUAUCUAACUUUACUUUGUUUUACCCAACUUUCCAUAUUAUUAUUCAUUUUUCAGCAAAACCGUGAAUACCUGGCAGUUGAAUUGAAGGCCAAGAAGAUCUACAUUCACUGGGACAUUGGAGCAGGCCGCAGAGAUGCAGCCAUCAUCAAGAGGAACAUUGUCUACAUUCCGGCAUCAGACCGUCUCACGUGGUAUCACAUUGAAGUCAACAGAAUCGGAAACUCCAUCAAGGCUUCUGUAGUCUUGAAGCAGGCCGUGAACGGUGAAGAAGCCAAGAACGUUGACGAACCAACUGAGAUCACAGUGGGAGAGCCAGAUGUGAACGAUGAUCUGUACCUGAACACUAACCCCGGCUACACAAAGAUCUACGUUGGCCAUUCUGAACCUCAGGUUACAGAAGAGCUCGGCUUCGGCACCAACAAGUUCCGUGGUAUUCUGGGAGAGAUGGUCGUGGACGGAGUCAACGUGCCGUUGUGGGUGUUCGAUGCUUCUAAUGGACGAUGUGAAGGUGCAGCUGGAGUACCGACAUCAGCUUCGAGUGGUCACAUGUUCAGAAAUGGCUUCGCUCAGAUCAGAAUGCCGAUGACGGAGCGUGCCAACACUAUGAUCGUGGUCGUGUUCAGUGCCUACUCUAAGAACGGGUUACUGUAUUUCCGCGGAAGUCCAGAAUCCAAGGAUUUCUUGGCGAUUCAGCUCGAGAACGGUCAUGUCGUUGUCAAGGCUAGAAUUGGCGGUACAGCUGUGGUCACCCUUAGAUCAUCACUCAACUCGUACGCUGAUGGGCGUGCCCACAAGGUUAGAACGAUCAGAAAGGACAAAGAGGUAUACCUACAUGUUGAUGAAGGAAACGGCCAAGACAAGGUGUCUUCCAAGGUUGACGGUGAAGACAGUUUGGUGCUACAGAUCCAGAACAACGAUCACUACGUUGGUGGAGUACCUCCAGACUUCCACAAGUCGGUGUUCGAUGCUGAUGGCAUUCAGUUCCAAGGGUUCUUCGGGUGUAUUCAGUCGAUUCGACCUACUCAAGUCAACGAACUUGACCUCGAUCAUCCGGUCAGGUCGCAGAGGAAAGAAGCCGGAUGCACAUUCUCCGACCAACGUCUCACUCCAAACGACCAUGUUGUUGGCUUCAGUAAGCCAGGCUAUUUGUUGGCCAAGGGCUUCACUUUGGGUAAAGACUCCAGUUUGUCCUUUAACUUCAGAAGCAAACAAGCAGACGCCAUCUUGUUGUACCAGUCGGGUGAUAUCAGCACUGCAGAACGAAGCAAGAGGUCUGUGGAAGACUCUUACAUUGCCAUUUACCUUGUACAAGGUCAGUUGGUGGUACAGUUACAAACCGAGAACGGUGAGAGUGCUACACUCAAGUCGGAACAGACAUACGACGAUGCUCAGCCACAUUCCGUCUUUUUGGCCAGAGGCAACGGACAGUAAGGGAUCUUUUUUAUAUUGUCAUGUUCCAGCAUAAAUUAUUGUGUAACUUUAAAUUAUUUUUACAUUUUUAGAGUUGUUGUACGUGUUGAUGACCACGAUGUCGUGACAGUUGUUCUCGAUGACACUGGCUCGAUUGGAUCAGAUUCAGCAGCUUUGAACCUUGGUGGUCUGCCUUCUCAAGGCAACGAUCCUCCCACCAGUGAAGGCACUUCUGAAGCCUUGAUUGGAUGCUUGUCCAACUUCUUUGUUGAUUAUAAGUAAGUAUUUAUUUAACUUACAACAAUAUUAAGUUCUAUUAUUUUAAAACAAGGUAUUUUAAUUCUAUUUACUUAUAUUGUUUUCAAUGAUCUGGCUUACUAUGUCUAAUAUUCUUCCAGGAAGUUCUCCAUAGUACCUGAAGAACAUCAGUCCAGUCUAGGCGUGUGCGACUUUGCCCAGAAGAUUGAAAUUCCGACCGGUAAGUUUAGUUUUGGAGGCUUGUUACCCUUUGUUUCCCUUAAUGCUUAUUCCUUUGUGCAGAUGGAGAAGAUGAAGUCGAGCCCCGAGGACACGAACGGCGACAUUCCAAACAAGUACUAGUAGUCGAAAAACCAAAACGUAAGUAGCAUCACAAGUGCCUCUUAUCCCAAUUUGUUGACGUCAUGCACUCUAUAUGUCACGUCGAAGAUUGUAUGAAUUAUUAAAAACAACAGGUUUAGUUGUGUUACCUUUAUAUUACAAAGCAUACUGUUUUUAGUACGUCAUGAUACCUGCUACAAUGUAGAAGACAACUCCCAGGACACCUAUCACAAGCAAGGCUACAGAUUUGGCAUCACCUCCUCCUCCCACGCCAGAAUCAACUUCCAGAAGCCAUACCCCGACUACGACACCUUCGACCUCAAAUUCGACAUCAAGACCAAACAAAGGCAUGGUAUCGUAUGGGCAUGGGCCAACUACAAACAAUUCAAUCGCUACUUUUACCUCUAUACCUACAGAGGCUUCUUGGCCCUCGAAAUCAAGGGACAUCGUCAGCCUCGCAAGAUCUACUACAAGCAUCAGAAGGUGAACGACGACGAGUGGCACUACAUCCAACUCUCAAAGCAGGGUCGCAUCUUGACGAUACAAGUAGAUGAACACCCAGCUGAACAGAUGAACGACGUUCCCAACCCGAAGGUCAUGAAGAAGCGGAUGUUCGUGGGAGGCUUCAUUUCGAAGCACAGAAGACAGUUCAACAUCACCAUCCCCACCUUCGAGGGAUGUCUGCGCGACUUCACCGUGAACGGUGUCACUCACGAUCUGUCAUUGGCUAGUCGUGACAUUGUUGGAUGUGUCAAGUCGUUUGAUGCUGACUACCUUCAUAACGGAGGCUACAUGAUGUUCGGUAAGGUUAUUUGACAGCUUUCUUUUUUUUCGCUUAUAUUUUGUAACUUAUGUGUUAAAUAUAUAAUUUUGAAUAGUGAUUGUAAUAUGUGUAUAUUGGUAUUUGCUUUUAGAGCCACUCCUGAGAUUCAGUACGAAGCCAGAAAUCAAUAUUGGGGUGAAUGUGAAGACUACGGAAACAAAGAAAGCGCUUCUGAUCGGUUUGUUCAAUCCAGAGCAAGCUAAUCACCACGAGAAUCAUGUUGCACUACUGAUCGAAGAUGGAGAUGUAAGUCAAUCAUUUUACAUCAAAACUUAUAUAAAUUACUAUAUUAUACCUUCUUCGUCUUAUUGUUUAAGUUUGUAAGCAUUACUUUGAAAUUAUGUUUAGCUGACCUUCCGCAUCAGUCUUCGCCAGCACGGUGUAGCGUUGGAGAAGAAGCUAGACCUUGCAAUGUGUGCUCGAGAGUGGCACCGUGUGUCGCUGUUGAUGGCCGAUCAUACUGUAACCGUGUCAGUAGAUGACCAACAAGCCAGAGUCCCGUUGAAGAUGACCAGAAUGGCGAUAGAACAAAUGAAGCGACUGAAUGUGUUCUUGGGAGGUGCUACAACCCCCAUACAACAACAACUCAACGCGACCUCAACUCAAGGAUGCUACAAGUCCUGGGAGAUGCAAGGCGCAGUACGAUCAUUGAGCACGGCCAUUAAGAGCCACAAGCUGGUACCCGAUGGAUGUCCAUUUGAGUAA